AUGUCACCAGUCAGGAUCACUAAAGUAUCCUGUCUUGGCUUUUUUAACAGUCUGCAUUUCCUGGUUUUCCACACGGAGGAGGUUCACGAUGUCCUCCGCAUCUGGGAUGGCCCCCAGGAUGGAGGGGUCCUGCUCAGGGAGUUAAGUGGCUCAGCGCUGCCCCCUGAUGCUCACAGCACCUUCAACACUGUCACUCUGCAGUUUACCACCGACUUCUUCACCAGCAAGCAAGGCUUUGCUCUGCAGUUUUCUGUAUCCACUGCAACCUCCUGCAACGACCCGGGCAUGCCAACUAAUGGGACCCGCGGCGGGGACAGCAGGGAGCCGGGGGACCAUGUGGCGUUUCAGUGUGAUCCUGGCUACAUCCUGCAGGGGGCCAACAGGAUCACCUGCACAGAGAUCAACGGCCGCUUCUUCUGGCAGCCAGACCCUCCUACAUGCACAGCUCCCUGCGGCGGGAACCUGACAGGUCCAAGUGGGCUGAUACUGUCUCCUGACUAUCCUGAGCCGUACCCACACGGAAGGGAGUGUGACUGGACAGUCACUGUCACAGAGGACUACGUCAUUUCGCUUAGCUUCAACCAGUUCAGCUUGGAGCCCAGUUAUGACUUCUUGCAUAUCUACGAUGGGCCAGACUCCCUCAGCCCCUUGUUGGGUAGUUUCUAUGGCAUAGAUGUUCCAGAUCGUAUUGAGAGCAGCUCCAACACACUCUUCCUGGCUUUCCGCAGCGAUGCUUCCCUCAGCAGCAACGGAUUUGUGUUGCAAUACACAGAGAACCCCAGGGAGUCUUGUUUCGAACCUGGCCUAGUGCGCAAUGGGACGCGGGUGGGCACAGACCUCAAGCUGGGCUCCACCGUCACCUACCACUGUGACAGCGGCUACACGCUGGAAGGAGACUCAACUCUCACUUGCAUCAUGGGAGGAGAUGGCAAGCCGAGUUGGAACAAACCCAAACCCAUCUGCAUUGCUCCUUGUGGAGGACAAUACUCUGGAUUAGAAGGAGUGGUGUUGUCUCCUGGUUACCCUGGAAACUACAGCAGUUCUCGGACUUGUUUGUACUCUGUAGUUGUGCCCAAGGAUUAUGUGGUCUUCAGUCAGUUUGCCUUCUUCCAGACAGCGCUGAAUGACAUCGUCGAGGUUUAUGAUGGGGCAACGCAACACUCCCGUGUGCUCAGCUCCCUCUCUGGAGCACACACAGGUGAAUCCUUGCCAUUGGCAACAUCCAAUCAGAUCCUGAUCCGAUUUACUCCUAAAGGCCAGUCCACUUCGAAAGGAUUCCAUCUGGUGUAUCAGGCUGUGCCGCGGACCAGUGCCACUCAGUGCAGUUCAGUUCCUGAGCCUCGAAAUGGCCGUCGCAUGGGCAACAAUUUUGCCGUGGGUGCUGUGGUCCGCUUUGAGUGCAGUCCGGGUUACGUGCUGGAGGGAUCAAGUGCCAUUGAAUGUUUAACAGUUCCCAAUGCCUUGGCACAAUGGAACAGUUCCAUACCCAGCUGCAUAGUUCCAUGUGGAGGAAAUCUGACCCAACGAACUGGCACCAUCUUAUCUCCUGGUUUCCCCGAGCCUUACCUGAACAGCCUCAACUGUGUGUGGAAGAUUACGGUUCCGGAAGGUUCAGGAAUCCAGAUCCAGGUAAUCAGCUUUGUCACAGAGCAGAACUGGGACUCACUGGAGGUCUUUGAUGGAGGCGACAACACUGACACCAUGCUUGGCAGCUUCUCAGGAACCACAGUCCCAGCUCUCCUCAAUAGCACCUCCAACCAACUCUACCUGCACUUUUUUUCUGAUAUUAGUGUUUCUGCAGCUGGAUUCAGGCUGGAGUACAAAACUGUGUCUCUGACCAGUUGUCCAGAGCCUGUUGUCCCUAUGAACGGUAUUAAGGUUGGAGAUCGUCUUCAGAUGAAUAACGUGGUGUCCUUCCAUUGCGAGCCUGGUUAUACGCUACAGGGAAACUCACACAUUACGUGCAUGCCUGGAACUGUCAGACGAUGGAAUUAUCCACCUCCUCUCUGCAUAGCUCAAUGUGGUGGAAUCCGGGAGGAGAUGGAGGGAAUGAUUCUCAGUCCUGGUUUCCCUGGCAACUACCCUAGCAACAGUGACUGCACCUGGAGAAUCUACCUGCCAGUUGGUUACGGAGCCCACAUACAAUUCCUCAACUUUUCCACCGAGGCCAACCAUGAUUUUCUGGAGAUACGCAAUGGGCCCCUCGACACGAGCACUGUGAUUGGUCGAUUCAGCGGCCAAGACAUUCCCUCCUCUCUCCUCACAACCUCCCAUGAGACCACUGUGUAUUUCCAUAGUGACCAUUCACAGAAUAAACCAGGUUUUAGAUUUGAGUACCAAGCAUAUGAGCUACAGGAAUGUCCAGAUCCAGAGCCAUUCCGGUACGGUGUUGUCGUAGGGGCUGGCUUUAAUGUGGGACAGUCCAUUUCCUUCGAGUGUCUGCCUGGGUAUCAGCUGAUGGGUCACUCCAUCCUGACCUGUGAGCAUGGCAGCACCCGCAACUGGGAUCACCCCUUCCCUCGCUGCGAAGUGCCUUGUGGCGCGAACAUCACAUCGGACAAUGGGACAAUAUUCUCCCCGGGUUACCCAGAGGAGUACCCGAGCUCAGCUGACUGCUCCUGGUUGAUUACAAUGGCUCACGGGUUUGGUAUCAAACUGAACUUCACCCUAAUUCAAGUUCAUGGGCCUCAUGACUUCAUUACUGUCUGGGAUGGCCCACAAGAGACAGCCAGGAAACUCGGUGUGUUCACUGAUGGAGAGCCCAAUGAGUCUCCCAGCAGCACAUCCAAUCAGGUGCUCAUACGGUUCCGUAGUAACACGGAAAAGGGAGGGCUGUUCCGGAUCAGUUAUCAAGCUUACCGACUGCAGUACUGCCUGCCCCCACCUAUCAUUCCUAAUGCAGAGAUCUUGAUGGCAAGCAAAGAAUUCAAAAUUGGUGAUAUAGUGCGUUACCGGUGUCUGCCAGGCUACCAAUUAAGUGGAAACAGUAUCCUGACCUGUCGAUUAGGCACUUACUUAGAAUUUGAAGGACCUCCACCUUCAUGUGAUGUGAUCUGCCCCAUGAACGAGGUGCUGACAUCAUCCACAGGUGUCAUUUUGAGCCAGUCACCGGGCAGUGGCUUCCCUCAUUUUGAGUCAUGUUCCUGGGUGGUCAAGGUUGAUCCUGGCUACAAUAUCACCUUUACAAUUGAACACUUCCAGACCAGCCGUCAGUUUGAUGAACUUAAAAUAUUUGAUGGUCCAUCCAGGCAAAGCCCCCUCUUGAUCACCCUCAGUAGUAACUAUUCCAGUCCGCUGAGCAUCACCAGUUCCAGUAAUAAAGUCUAUCUGCACUGGUCCUUUGAUCACACGACUAGCCACAAAGGAUUUCGCAUACGAUACUCAGCUGCUUACUGCAGCCCUCCAAACAACCCCGUAAAUGGCACGGUGCACAGUCUGACAGGCACUAAGUUAGGCAGCACCUUGCGCUUCAGCUGUGACCAGGGCUUCCGGCUAAUUGGGCAGAGCAGUGCCACAUGCACCCGAAAUGCACAAGGAAUCUACCAGUGGAAUGCCCCAGUGCCCCUUUGCCAAGUCAUGUCCUGUGGAAUGCCAGUUCCUCCUGUUAAUGGAAGCAUUGUAGGCCAGGAUUUUUCCCUUGGAGCCAGGGCCACCUACCAAUGUAACCCUGGAUUUAGGCUUGCUGGGCCUCUUACAACAUCUGUAAUAUGUCAAGAAUCUGGACGGUGGAGCUCUAUUGAGGCCCCACCCAGAUGUGUUCCGGUUACCUGCCCAGACAUCGGCCACUCUGCUGUGGAACAUGGGAGAUGGAGACUAAUCUAUGGCACUCAAAACCAAUAUGAUGCCAUAAUGAUGCUCAUAUGUGACCCAGGAUAUUAUUAUAGGGCUCAAAGGAUCAUUCGUUGUCAAGAAAAUGGCACAUGGAACUACCCUGAUCCUCAGCCAGUCUGUGACAUCAUCUCCUGUGGAGACCUUGGGACUCCACCAAACGGUAACAAGAUUGGAACACUCACUGUUUAUGGAGCCACAGCCAUUUUUUCCUGCAACACAGGAUACACUUUGGUGGGUUCUCGGGUCCGAGAGUGUAUGUCCAACGGACUUUGGAGCGGGACACAGGUCCAAUGUCUUGCUGGGCAUUGUGGCACUCCAGAGCCUAUAGUGAAUGGGCAAAUCAUCGGAGAGAAUUACAAUUACCGUGGAAGUGUUGUGUACCAGUGUAAUCCAGGAUUUCGUCUGAUUGGAGUGUCAGUACGAAUCUGUGAGCAGGAUCACCGCUGGUCAGGUCGUACUCCUGUUUGUGUUCCCAUCACCUGUGGUCACCCUGGCAACCCCACUUUCGGCGUAACACAAGGAACCCAGUUCAACUUGAACGACGCCGUUCGAUUCGUGUGCAAUACCGGAUAUGUUCUGCAGGGAGCUGUUAAAUCUCUGUGCCAGCCCAAUGGACAGUGGAGCAAAGCUCUACCCAAGUGUAAAAUUGUGAACUGCACUGAACCAGGUCAUGUAGAGAACAGCAUCAGGCAGGUACUGCCCAGCGGGCCACAUCGCUACAGCUUCCAGACAACGGUGUCAUACCGCUGUAACCCAGGCUACUACCUGCUGGGCACCAGCUCCGUCUCCUGCCAAGGAGACGCCACCUGGGACCGCUCCUUGCCCAAAUGCCUGUUGUUGCUCUGUGACCGCCCCAGCGUCCCUCCUUACGCGCAGGUCUCAGGUGACCGUCGGACGGUCGGCUCGGUCAUCCGCUACAGCUGCAUGGGCCAGCGCACCAUCAUUGGCAACACCACACGAAUGUGCCAGCUGGACGGACAGUGGAGCGGCUCGCCGCCACACUGCUCCGGGGAAUCUUCUGGGAUGUGUGGAGAUCCAGGUGUUCCUGUGCAUGGUAUCCGUCUGGGAGAAGAGUUUACAGUUGGCAGUGUGGUCCGCUUUAGCUGCGAGCCUGGCUACGUGUUAAAGGGCUCACCUGAGAGAACUUGUCUGUCCAAUGGGUCUUGGCUGGGCAAACAACCCGAGUGUCACGUGAUUUCCUGCGGAAAUCCAGGAACGCCACGAAACGCCCAGAUCCUCGUUCACGAUGGCCUAACGUUUUCCAGAUCCAUCACAUACAGCUGUAGGGAGGGUUACUACUCGACUGGACUGCUUACCAGGCAUUGUACUGUGAAUGGGACCUGGACAGGCAACAUGCCAGAGUGUUCAGGCAACACAAUUAUCUUUACUAUUGAUGAUCUAUUCCAUUUUGUUACUGCAGUCAUCAACUGUGGUGAUCCCGGAGUGCCAGCCAAUGGAGUGAGAUUUGGGGGCGAUUUUACGUACAACCGCACCGUUAGUUUCCAGUGUUCCCCUGGAUUCAGCAUGGAUGCCGACAGAGCUUCUUCUCUCAUCUGCACCAAGGAUCGCACCUGGAAUGGGACCAAACCUCUGUGUAAAGCAAUUGUUUGUGGCGCACCUCCUACCAUCCCUAAUGGACAGGUCAUCGGUAUGGACUUCACCUGGGGUUCCAGCAUAAGCUACUCCUGUAACCAAGGCUACCAGCUGUCCCUGCCCACUGUUUUAACGUGCCAAGGCAACGGUAACUGGAGCGGAGAGAAACCACAGUGCUUCCCUGUGUUCUGUGGAGACCCGGGAAUACCGGCCAUGGGCAGGAGGGAGGACCGUGGCUUCACCUAUCUCUCAUCUGUCUCUUUCUCCUGCAAUUCUCCACUCAUCCUGGUCGGCUCAGCCAGGAGAUACUGUCAGUAUGAUGGCACCUGGAGUGGCACACAACCUUCCUGUAUAGAUCCCAGUCACACUUCUUGUGGAGAUCCUGGUACCCCUCUCUUUGGAAAUCAGAACAACAGUCAAGGCUACCAAAUCAGCAGCACCGUGUUCUUCAGCUGCAGAAAAGGCUACUUACUGCAGGGCUCCAUUUCACGAACAUGUCUGCCCAACCUGACCUGGAGUGGAUUUCAACCAGAGUGCAUAGGCAAGUCCACAAUUCAAACCCACCAUUGCAGCCAGCCAGAGCUGCCAGGCCAGUCUGAUGUAAGAUCCAUUGAACUGCCGUCCCUUGGCUACACGCUCAUCUAUACAUGUCAGUCUGGCUUCUACUUGGCUGGAGGAUCAGAACACAGAACCUGCAGGUCCGAUGGUAGCUGGUCAGGAAAACCACCACUAUGUGCAGCUGAUAAUCGUCCAAGUGGGAAAAGCCCUGUGGGGACAGUGCAGGAGCCACCCUCCAAACUGCCAGUCCCUGGUGGUGUCUUUGCUAAGAACUCCCUCUGGAGGGGGUCUUAUGAGUAUCUUGGAAAGAAGCAGCCUGCUAUGCUGAGCAUCACUGCCUUUGAAUCCUUUAGCAACCGAGUCAACGGGACACUUAUCGACCACAGUGGGGUUGAACUUAAACUGGCAGGAACCUAUAAAAGAGAGGAAGCCCAGCUGCUGCUUCAGGUUCACCAGAUCAGAGGUCCCGUGGAGAUCUUUGUCAACAAGUUUAGAAUAGACAACUGGGCCCUGGAUGGUCAUGUAUCCUACAUCUCUGCAUCCAAUUCUUUUGUGUACCAGGGAUUUGUCAGAGGAAAAGGCUUUGGUCAAUUUGGUCUUCAGAGACUGGAGAGCUUAGAUCCCAGCAGAGACAACCCCGGCUACAACUUUGCCUCCAACAGCAGUUCAGUGGCAGCAGCCAUCUUAGUGCCUUUUAUAGCCAUGAUUAUCGCAGGCUUCGCUCUGUACCUCUAUAAACACAGGAGAAGACCCAAAGUUCCCUUCAAUGGCUAUGUGGGCCACGAAAACACCAACGGACGUGCUACAUUUGAAAAUCCAAUGUAUGACCGCAACAUUCAGCCCACCGACAUCAUGGCCAAUGAGACAGAGUUCACAGUCAGCACAGUGUGCACAGCUGUAUAGCAACUGCUUCUUCCAAAGCUCGGGAAGGAGAAAUGCACCCCAUCCUCGCCUGCCUGCCAACAGAGGACAUUUGUAGUUCCUCGAGCAGAGGGCAUUUUAUUUGCUGAAAUACCUUCAAGACACAUCUCCAGUGGCUGAGGCUUUUCCCUGCAGGAAAAAAAAAGAAAAAAAGAAAAAAAAGAAACCACAUGAAGAAAUAAACUUUAUCGAAGGUCCACAAAAAUUGCUUUUGUAACUUUACAUGGUUUCUGGAUCAUUUUCCAUGGCCUGAUGAAAAGCUUCAAUCUGAACCUGCAGCCAGCAGGAGAACUGCUGGAGGCAAAAGCUGUGAUGACUUCUCACCGCCCACCGCCUAAACCCAAAGGGAAUUUUAUGGUCAACUUUAAGUCAUGAGAAGUACCUGUAGCUAACAGAGAUCUAUCGGUGCCGGCUGACAGAUGGCAGACGAGCGCGUGUUGUUCUGCGAGAGUAAAAGAGAGACACUCUGGGCUGUUUAAAUUCAUCCUCCUCUUCUUCUUCUGUUGGUUUUUUAUUGCUUUUUCGUUUUGUGAUGCUGCUUGAUUUCUACAGCGAUUAAUUGGAAAAGUUUUCUUUUUUUUUUUUUCCUCGACUAUCUGCUCCAGAGGCUGCCAAAGGGUUUAAUCUGAGGCCCUGCGUUUUUUUUCGCUUAGGCUGAAUUAAGAAAUUCAGAUUUUUGAAGUCUGGGUUGGAGACACACACCAUCAUUUUUUUCUGAGCUUGAUUUUUUUUCUUUUUCUUUUUCUUCUUUUUUUUUUUUUCUUUCUUUUUCGUAGCAUGGAUGAAAUUCUGCUUACUGAGGCAGCUGUGUGUGAAGAAGAGGUCAAAAGGUAGCUAGAGCUCCUGAAAAAAGCACUUAGUAAGGGUGUGGAGAGAAUUUAUGUGAAUAAGUGAGUGAGACAAUGCAUGUUCGUGUGUGUGUGUUUGGAAUUCUGUUCAAUCUGCCCCCAAAAUCUUUCCUCCCUUUCUUGGCCCUAGACAGCCAACCAUACACGUAAAAACAGUUUUUUUUUUGUGUCUCUUUUUUUGGUAGAAGGUUUACUUCCUGUCCCUCUGAAGAAUCUGGAAGCACAACCCAGAAACAAAAUUGAUCAUCUACAGAUCCACUCUGUCUCAGCUUGUCUUUCUGUUGAAAGAACAAUGAAGUCACAUGUCACAUCUCCCCUUUUUUUUUAAAUCCAGAAUUUAGAGCAAAGCUGUAGCACCAACUUGUGCUUGAUUUUCUUUGAGAUGCCUGUGCAGAGCCCUUCCUUUGGCCUCUGUUAAAUCCAAGAUUGACCCUCACAUGUUCCUCCCGACUGAAUGUGGUUCUACAUUUCUCUGUGAUGUACUCACAGUAAUAUAUC